AUGGCGGAAACACCAGGUAAACAACUUCACCUCACGGCCUUCAUGCGGCCUGUGUCGCUGCAUACUGGAGCAUGGCGAUAUCCAGGAUCAUAUCCCGACGCCAACUUCAGCCUUAAGCACUUGAAGUCGUUCAUUCAGAAGCUUGAAGCUGCCAAGUUUGAUGCAUUCUUCAUGGCUGACCACCUGGCGGUUCUGAACAUGCCUGUCGAGGCAUUGAAGCGAAGUCACACAGUCACUUCUUUCGAGCCCUUCACUCUGCUCUCGGCACUCUCACAGGUGACGGAAAGGAUCGGUCUGGCGGCGACCGCAUCAACGACGUAUGAUGAGCCGUACCACAUUGCCCGCCGCUUUGCAUCACUGGAUCAUCUGUCUGAUGGCAGAGCGGCGUGGAAUAUUGUCACGACUGGAAACCCCGAGAGCGCCAAGAACUUCGGUCGUGAUGAACAUAUGGAUCACUCAGAUCGCUACAAACGAGCACGCGAAUUCUACGACGUGGUCACCGGCCUAUGGGAUAGCUUCGCGGAUGACGCGUUCGUGCGUGACGUGGAAUCUGGGACCUUCGUUGAGCCCGAGAAGAUUCAUACCCUCAACCAUGUAGGAGAUGAGCUGAAGGUCAAAGGGCCAUUGAACAUCGCCCGACCAGUCCAAGGAUGGCCAGUCAUCGUCCAGGCAGGUCAGUCGGAGCCCGGUCGGCAACUUGCAGCGGAGACAGCGGAGGUUGUGUUCUGCUCGCCGCGGGACUUGCCGGCAGCCAAGGCUCUGUACGAUGACAUCAAAGGACGUGCGAAGGCUGCGGGCAGAAAUCCGGAUCACAUCAACAUCUUGCCAGCAGCGCUGUUCAUUAUCGGCGACACGGUGGAGGAGGCACAGCAGAAACGGCUCAAACUGGACAGUUUGGUACACUACGACAGUGCCAUCUCAUCGUUGUCAAUUGCGUUGGGAACAGAUGCUUCCGGGUUCGAUCCGGACAAGCCGCUGCCAAAAGACCUGCCUGAGACGAAUGCAAGCAAGACGAGUAGGGAGGGCACAAUCAAGCUCGGUGAGAAAGAAGACUUGACAGUGCGUCAACUGGCAUCACGGCUCGGCGGGCAGGGCGGGUUAGCAUUUCUGGGUCCACCAGACAAGAUCGCAGACGAGCUCGAGGUUUGGCUUCGUGAGGGAGGCGCGGACGGGUUCACGGUGACAUUCCCAUAUCUUCCGCAGGGCUUGGAUGAUGUGGUUGAGCGCUUGGUGCCAGAGCUGCAGCGGAGAGGGUUGUUUCGGAAGGACUAUGAGGGUACGACAUUGAGGGAGCAUUUGGGUUUGCCGCGGCCGGAGAAUAGGUUUUUCACAAAAACUACGUAG